CGUAAACCUGCUAACAAGAAUAAUCACCAUGGACGUCAUCAAUCAAGAUCUUCUAGGACAAACGCAGAUUUAACCGUCAUCAGAGUGAAAAAGCCAAGUUCACAGAUACCAAAGGUCAUCCACCUGCUCCUACUAUUCACAGGUCUCCCUUCCUGGACUGAACCCUCCACGACGCCGCCUCACGUGACUUCGGAACACUACUUAGUAGAAAUCGCUAUCAAAGUGACGGGCCCUGCGAAGAAUGAAUCGGAAAUUGCAUCCUGGCUCCAGGAUGUGUUGCAAAACAAUCUGGGAAGCUGUGUUUUGUCCCACACGGAAACCACAGCUUUACCACCGCCGUUUCAAACUACAUCUGCAAACUCUUCAGCGGGGACGCCGUCAACGACGACAAACGAGACUCAUGGCACCAUCACAACCGCAGCCACUUUUAGUAACACGUUACAAAGCAACACCACCAGCGCAGCCACAAGCAUUUUGGAAAAGGAUACAACAGUAGCCACAACUACGCUACAAAACAAUCCGACUGCAGAGACAACCCCGGCUGCAGCUACAACACCGUCUGACACAACUGGAGCAACUACCAGUGAUGCUGGUAGCAACACAACAAGGACUAUCAGAACCAAGAGGGCAGAAAAACCCCCCAACUCAAACAAUACACAUUUCAUUCAAAAAAACCUGCUGAGGAACUCGGGUGGCUUAUUUCAGGGAGUUGAAGUUUCCUGUGCAAAGAAGACGGAAAUAAGAAAGACCAACUGCUCGGCGGUUCUGACGCUGAGGCAGAAGGUGUCGCCGUGUUGCAUCCUCCAAACAAUCUGCACAGCCAAUCCAACUUCCUCUGACAUCCGCGCAGUGCCCAAAAGAACCAAUCUCUUGAGUCCUCUAAACGAUACCUGCAGCAGUGAUCACCUGGAUGAAAAAAGCUGCGUUUAUACACCAAAUGCAAGCAAUUCAAAAUGUGAAGACUCUGCGUUUGCCGCACCUCCGUGCGCUACAGUGACCCCAAAUGUGACGACCGCACAACCAAACACGGCCUCCGGUAAUACGACAUCAUCCCCUCACGUCUCCACCGUCUCACCUAAUGACACGGAGAGCCAAGCCAACGCUCUCCUCGAGCUGUCCGCCAAUGUGUCCAGACUUAACUCCAGCCAGGUGGAUCAGCUGGUGUCUCAGUUGGAGGACCUGUUGGCGGGCCCCGAGAUCAGCCUGGCACUGGCGAACACCACCGUCCACAUCGUCAGCAAUCUGUUGGACGCCUCCGAAGAGACACUGGCGAGCUCCUACAGCAGAAUUAUAAGCAUGGUUGAUACGGUGGGCCUCAAAUUGGUCCUUGAAGCUGAAACGGAAACUCUCUCGUCGCCAUCUUUGGCUCUGUCCGUCAAAGCGGUGGAUGCGAGUCAUUUCCAACAAGUGAUUUUCUCCAUCUCCGACCCCAGCAACGCAGAGGUCCGAGCCGAUCCCAGGUUUCCAAGGAACGUGAGGAACAACUCCUCCAUCCCUCAGGGCUCCAUCACGCUGCCCGCCUCCCUCACACAAAACCUCACCUCGGAGGAGCAGCAGAUGGCCUCCAGAGUCCACUUCAACUUUUACCAGAAAAGCUCAGCAUUUCAGGACGCAUCUUUAGGAAAACGUCGACUCAACAGCGGGAUUCUGGGAGCGAGUUUGGCCAACUUGACAGUCACGGGACUUCGGGAGCCAGUUGUGAUUACCCUCAAGAAUGUGGAGCCCAUUCCCGCUAAUUACGUGGCGACAUGCGUCUUCUGGGACUUUGCGUUAAAUGAGCGAUCCGGCGGCUGGAACACAAACGGCUGUUAUGUCCACAACAGCACAGACGAGGUGACAGUUUGUGGCUGCGACCAUCUCACGAGUUUCUCCAUCCUGCUGGACCUCGCCAGGGAGCCUCUAACCAGUCGAGUGAACGCCACCAUUUUGACCUUCAUCACAUAUAUCGGCUGCGGGAUCUCUGCCGUUUUCCUGGCAUUGACGCUCCUCACAUACUUGGCGUUUGGCAAACUGCGCAAGGACAUUCCUUCCAAAAUCCUGAUCCAGCUGUGCGUGGCUCUGCUGCUCCUCAACUUGGUCUUCCUGGUGGACGCUUGGCUGGCUUUGUACCCGGACGCCGUGGGCCUCUGCAUCUCCACCGCUUGGUUCCUGCACUACUUCCUGCUGGCCGCCUUCACCUGGAUGGGCCUGGAGGGCGUGCACAUGUACCUGGCCCUCGUCAAGGUGUUCAACAUGCACGUCCCGCGCUACAUCGUCUGGUUCUCGCUGGCAGGCUGGGGGGCGCCCGUCAUCGUGGUCAUCAUCGUCAUCGCCGUCGACAAGGACAACUACGGACUGGUGUCAUACGGGAGGUUUUCCGACGGCACAAGUGAUGACUUCUGCUGGCUAAAAAACGACAUUGCCUUCUACGUGGCGGUGGUGGCCUACUUCUGCGUCGUCUUCCUGUUCAACUUGAUCGUGUUGGUAGUGGUGCUGGUCCAGCUGCAGAAGAUCAAGCGGCAGAACCCGCACAACUCGAAGCACCGCUCCGCCGGCCAGGACGUGCGUAGCGUGGUGGGCGUGACCAUCCUGCUGGGCCUCACCUGGGGCUGCGCUUUUUUCGCUUGGGGGCCCGUCAACCUGCCCUUCAUGUACCUCUUCGCCAUCUGUAACUCCUUGCAAGGUUUCUUCAUAUUUGUGUUCCAUUGUGCGGUGAAGGACGUGGUGAGGAGGCACUGGCGGGCAUACCUCUGUUUUGGAAAAAUGAGGCCAGCUGAGAACUUGGAAUGGAGUCGCACGGCAACGCAGAUGGUGAAGAGAGCCUCAGUGAGCGGACCGCCAUCCAACAACUCAUCGGCUUUCCUCCGUCACAACUUGGAGCAGACUCACGGCAUAGGAAACCCAUUGGAAGACAGAAUCAUCACCGCUGACGAAGAACCCAGCGCGGAGGUCGUUCUCGACGACAGGGAGCAGAGAAGCCAUCAAAUGCCCCCACGCACAUAUUCGUAUAAUACUUAAAAAGCAAUAUUGGCAGUUUUUUAAAAGACCGUUUUUUAAAUAUUUGCACUUGUCAGGAUCCUUAAAAGCUGAAAUGCUCACUUUGUUCUUUCAGUGUUUGUGACACAAACGCAUGCAUUCAUCCGUGAAGAUUCGUUCCCCAAAAGUAUUCACCGCCAAAGCACUUUAGGCAUCAAGAUUUGGAGCGAGCACUUUAACCUUCUCACACAUUCUAUUUUGUUCAUUCCUGAAUAAAUGAUAUUUGUUGAAGAGGAUUUUUAAAAA